GCGCGGUGCUGCGUGACGGCCCUGCGCGCGCUGGAUCGCCGUCGGUAGCUGCUUCCCCGCCUCCAGUAGUCCAGCCUCAACCAGGCCAGCCCACGGCGUGCAGCUCAGACUCUGCCCCCAAACCCCUGUGCCAUUGUUCCCCCCCCCUUCCCUCCCCCACGUCCCAGCUGCAGCGACCGUCGACCUCGCCGCGCGCCCGAUUGCACCGAUCGAAGACCAGCUGCGAGCGUCCGCGCACCGGCAGUCCCCAGACGACGGCCGAGGACUGCGACACAGCUCGCUCCCAGCAUCGCAGGGUAGCGCAGGGCAUCUCCCAGGGCCUCUCUCAGGGCCUCUCCCAGGGCCUCUCCCGCAGCACCCAGGGCGCAUUCCGCACGCCCACCCCCAGGGCCCGCCGCUCCACCGCCUCGCCCGAUGCCGACCCUCGGAUUCCUCAAGAAGAAGCGGACGAAGGACUCGGGCGGCUCCAAGGACCUCGACUCGCCGACGUCGCCCAUCAAAGAAACGUCGUCGGGCUCGCCCACGGCCCCAACCUCGUCCCGGCACCGCACCUCGGGCUCGUUCCACCUGACCAAGACGCGCACCAACGACAGCGCCCACGGCCACGGCCACGGCCACGCCACCAGUCCGCAGGCGAGCACCGCGCAGAGCCCGCAGGCGCCGCACGCACCGCAUGCGUCCGCGCCCGCGCCACACAAGGCCGCCGACUCGAUGAGCCCCGCCUACAGCCCGCACCCCGUCGCGAGCCCGCACAGCAACGCCCCGGCGCCGGCCGCGCACCACGUGGCGAGCAUACAAAACCUGAUCCACCCCACCAACCACGACCACAAUGGCCCGGCCAGCCCUGCCGGCGGCGUCAAGAACGCCGCCGUGCAGUUCCAGUCGCAGCCGCUCAACCAGGCCCGCGUCACCAAGGGCAAGUACUCGCUGACGGACUUUGCCAUUCAGCGCACGCUCGGCACGGGCUCUUUCGGGCGCGUGCACCUCGUCCAGAGCAAGCACAACCAGCGCUUCUACGCCGUCAAGGUGCUGAAGAAGGCCCAGGUGGUCAAGAUGAAGCAGGUCGAGCACACCAACGACGAGCGCCGCAUGCUGCAGCAGGUCAAGCACCCCUUCCUCAUCACCCUGUGGGGCACCUUCCAGGACAGCAAGAACCUGUACAUGGUCAUGGACUUUGUCGAGGGUGGCGAGCUGUUUAGUCUGCUGCGCAAGUCGCAGCGCUUCCCCAACCCCGUCGCCAAGUUUUACGCCGCCGAGGUGACCCUGGCGCUCGACUACCUGCACUCGCACAACAUCAUCUACCGCGACCUGAAGCCCGAGAACCUGCUGCUCGACCGCCACGGCCACCUCAAAAUCACCGACUUUGGCUUCGCCAAGGAGGUGCCCGACAUCACCUGGACCCUGUGCGGCACCCCAGACUACCUGGCCCCCGAGGUCGUCGCCAGCAAGGGCUACAACAAGUCGGUCGACUGGUGGUCCCUCGGCAUCCUCAUCUUUGAAAUGCUGUGCGGCUUCACCCCCUUUUGGGACGGCGGCUCGCCCAUGAAGAUUUACGAAAACAUUCUCAAAUCGCGCGUCAAAUAUCCGCCCUACAUCCACCCCGACGCGCACGACCUGCUGCAAAAGCUCAUCACCCCCGACCUCACCAAGCGGCUCGGCAACCUGCACGGCGGCAGCAAAGACGUCAUGAACCACCCGUGGUUCGCAGAGGUGACGUGGGACCGCCUGCAGAAGAAGGACAUUGACGCCCCGUACGUCCCGCCCGUGCGCGCAGGCGUCGGCGACGCGAGCCAGUUCGACAAAUAUCCCGAGGAGACGGAGGCGUACGGCCAGGCAGGCGACGACCCGCAUGGCCACCUCUUCCCAGACUUUUAGCCGCCGACCCGUUCCCGCAGUCCUUACCCGCGCCCGCGCCCCGCGCGGCGCCGAAGAAAGGGCGCCGAAGACAGUCGCGGCUUCUCCUUUUGAGAGCGCAUCAUGUACGCGAGCUGCGCUCCUGCCGCACCGCGCCUCUCUGUUCGCUCUUGUCGCCUCUCUGUUCGCUCUUGCCGCCUCUCUGUUCGCUCUUACCGCCUCUCUGUUCGCUCUUACCGCCUCUCUGCUAUGAGAUGCUGUUCUACGCUACCUCAUCAGAAUAUCCUUGGCCAUCCCAUCCUUGAUCAUCCUAUCCUUGAUCAUCUUAUCCUAUCCCAUCUAUCCUAUCCCAUCUAUCCUGUCCCUCCUAUCCCAGGCGGCAGUGUGUUCCGCCCGUGUACUUCUCUCCUUAUCUUUGUCGCUGCUUUCUCCGUCGAAGCAGGUUGGAUACGUAGCCGAUUGAGGCGAGUCGGUGGGCCCUGUAUUCUGGACCUGUGUCUGUAGGAACCGUGG